CGCUCCCACCGCGCCCUCCUCCUUUGCCGACUAACGUUGCCGAGGCAACGCGUGUUGUGGUUCGGCCCCCGGAGCGCUAGUAGUUUUGCCUCUGCCUGUCGGAAUCGACUCGUCGGCACUGGGUUCACUGGGUGCCCAGCCCCUACUAACUCCAGUCUCUGGGCGCCGCGGGCGGGAAUCACGGAGACCCCUCGGCGAGCGGGGCUCGCAGACCCCAGCCAUGAGGAACACCAGCAAGGAGCUGCACGGCGCCACGAACCGCUAUGCGCCCUGCGAUUGGUAUUACCAUCUUCCAGUGAAGCGAUCUGAGAAGGCCGUGGACACCCCACCAGUGUCACAGAUCCCAGGGCUUAGUGACCUUGGAGACACAGAAAAUGGGAAUGCGUUUGGGACUCGUAGAUACUGGAUAAAAGAAACAGACUCAGAGUACAUCAAGCUCGCGAAACAAGGCGGCAGGCCCGACCUGCUGAAGCACUUUGGCCCUGGAACCAGGAAAUCCUCCCCAGUGACGUACUCAGUGCCAGACUGGUACAUCCACCAUAGCAAACCCCCAACGACUAACCAGAGAGAAGUCCCUGUUACCUCUAUGCCGGAUUACAUGGUGUAUGAAGAAUUUAACCCCAAUCAGGCCAAUGGGAACUACGAGUCCAGAAGAGGGCCCUUUGACUUUGACAUGAAAACAGUUUGGCAGAGAGAGGCCGAGGAAAUGGAAAAGGACAAGAAAAAGGUCAGGCUGCCAGCUAUUACUUCAAAGCAUGCAAGCAAAGUGGGCACCCCUGUCACCUCCAGAGAGACUUCUGGGAGUAGAAUCUCCUUUCCUCCGAUGCCUGGUCAAAAAACCAGUUCACCAACAAACUUUUCCAAACUUAUUAGCAAUGGUUAUAAGGAUGAGUGGUUACAGCAGCAAGCAGAUUCAGAGAAGAGGGCCCCACAGACAUCGAGAACAUCCAUAUCAUCUGGGUCCACAGAGAACCCUGCAGGACAUCAAGACCCAGAGGGGCUCCCAGACCCAGACGUCCCUGAGGACUCUCAGGAAAAUGAAGAGUCUUCUCCUCCAAGUGCGGCAACAUCUCCAUCUGCAUCAACACCUGAGGAACUCAAAUGAACCCUAAUAUUCUAUGUGUUUAGGAUAGUUAUUUUAAUGCAUAAAUCUGAUAUGACUGUGUUACAGCUAUGUUUAUAAGGUUCUUGUUAUAUUUUAGUAAUAUAGAUUCUUAUGAUAUAAUUCAUCUUGCAGUAGAUUUGACAUCCUUGUAGCAUAGACUGUACACAUGUAGAGUUUAUACCUUGAAUUUUUCUGGAAGGUAACAUGUGGUCAACAAACACAACUAAGACCAUUGCUACCUUUUGCCUUGCUGACAUGAGGAAUUCCCAGAAUCUUAGAACCAAUCAUUUCCUCCCUGGUGUAUCAUUAUCUGAUAGCACCUCUUCCUGCUGGACCACUGUUUGGUGGUAUUUCUAUUGAAACCAAUUCUUUAGACUCUUUAACUAGAAGAAACUCAGAGAACAAGCUUUGAGUCUUUUCCAUUAUUUGAUCCUGUAAUGUUUUUAGGAAUUUUUCUGUUAUGAGAAAUGUUUAAUUCCAAAAUACUGUGAUACAGUCUAUAUUAAGAAAAAUAGAUUUUAACGUAUUAUGCCUUGAAGUUUUAAACACUUAAUAUAAGAAUAUUGUAGGCUUUGCUCACUUUAAAAUUUUGCUAAUACCUUUUGCAUAAACUGAAAUCCCAGAUGUUAAACAUUUAUUUUGUAUUCUUUAAGCAACAAGUGUUUAAUUUUAAUAUAUCAUUUAGUAGACUUACAAACAUUCUUAGUAAUCAGACUGAAUUAUCUUGUUUUGUAAAUUUUGUUACUAUUUAUAUAUAAGUAAUUAGUAUUAGAAUGUAGUUUAUAUUUUGUAUAUUUAAUUCAUUAGUAAAAUAAGUUUUCUGCAGGAAGAUUUUCAGAAAGCCAGAUAAAAUCAUAGAUAUUUUAGCUUCUUUCCUAGAAUAAACUUAUCAUGGACUCGCUCACCUAAAAUUUAAAAUUUUUAAAUUCUUUAAAUGAGAUACUUAAUUCUGCAUAUAUUAUAUAAUCUAUAAUAAUAUCUAUAUUAUUAGAGUAAGCAAAUAUUGCUGUGGGAGAAUGUAAGAAAUCUGCAAGGCUGUAUAUAUUGAAUAAAAAGAAUUACUAUUGAAUAAAAAGAAUUAUACCAUUAAAGUAAGGCAUUUAUUUUCUUCCUCUUUUCUCUUUUCC